UGUAUCGGCGUGGUCGAAAAUGGGCUUAAAGAUUCGUUUUGUUGAACUUAUUGUUCUUCUAUUUUUAAUUAAUCAAAUCUCAUCCAAAGUGGAGUUUACCAACAUUAAGUGCACUUGUUUGGACCCUGAGUUCUCAAACUUUGAAUAUUGCUUUCUUAAAUCCGUUAACCGUACUUAUAAAUACCUUUCCUUAAAGGUGAAUUUGCUCAAAAAACCCGUUACAAAAAUUAAAGUUAACUUUGCCGUCUUAAAGCGAUUCAAUGGCUACAAGCCGUUCAUGUAUAACGUAACAGUAGAAGCCUGCAGAUUUAUGAAAAAUCCCCAAUCUAAUCCAAUUGCAGGUUACCUUCACAGCCUCUUUAAAAACUACUCUAACAUGAAUCAUACCUGUCCCGCUGAUCAUGAUGUUAUUGUGGAUAAACUUUCUAUUGAUUUCUUAAAUAAGCAGGUAACCGAAGUUCUUCCAUUUCCUCAAGGUGACUAUCUUUAUCAAACAAAAUGGUUUGCCUACGACAUUCAACGUGCUACUGUGGACGUAUAUUUUACAAUUUACUGAAAUAAGCCGGAAAUAAUAUUGAUUUUGAUAUACUUCUUAUA